UUUUGAACUUGCUUUCUCCGAUUCUCCAUUACAAAAAUUAUGAUCUAAUUUAUGACAACAUAGCGCCAGUCGUAGAUUAUUAUGCUACGGUGGCGCGUAUAUAAAUUACUCGAGUUUUAGCCAUGAUUCAAACCCCAUGGCUUAAAAUUUAGGCUCCUUUUAUCCUUUGUUUAGGUUUAUUUGACAUAAUCAAUAAAACUUCGAUGUGUCAAAAUGCAUAGCACGAUUUAUUCAAACCAUCGCUGGCAAGCGUUACACGAGCUCAACCAAAAGAAUAGCCAUGGCUUCAGAAAUUACGGCACCAUCAAAUCCAUAUCUAACGCCAAGCAUACUUCUGAAAUCUACAAUUUUCUGAAGGAAGACCCCAAUUUCAAUUUGAAGCCAGGAAAGACGGACGGAAAUUGUGAAGAUAUGGACGUAAGCAAUAAAAGCAGCAGAAGAUUAAGGACUCAAGAGCUAAAUUGCUGUAGGAAAAGCAAAGAUACUUCUAGCAAAGAUACAAAGAAAAGCUUAACCAAAUCCGAAAGCACAUCACGAAAUCAGAGUAAAAAAUCUAAUACAAACUCAUACGAACGUUUUUCAAAAACACUUGAUAGCAACUGCUCAUGCGAUUCAAAAUCGUCAAGUCCGAGUACCCGUACCCGUGAAAGUCUUAUUCGAGUCAGCAGCAAGAUUUCAAAGGAUUUAAAAUCUGUUAAAUCAAGGUCAAACCACGAAACUCCUCUAAAUAAAGCACUUGGUGAUGUUAAUAAGGCUGUAUCUUUUGAUAAAAGAUGCGAUGAUAGAAUAAGUGAACUAAUGGAAAUGCAGAAGGAACUGCAGCAUCAGAUACAACAAUUAGAAGAUAAGGAAGUAGAGGGAUUGACGAAGCUUAAGGAAGCAAAAUCUAUAUGGCCACGCAUGGAAGACUCGUAUGAAAAGAAAAUACAAAUUGCUUUAGAAAAACAAAAGGCUACAAUGCAAAAGAUGACUGAAGUUGAAUCUAGCAUGACAAAGUGGCGUAAGAGUAAUAAAAUUCUAGAACUUGAAAUAAGGAGCCUCAAUAAAUAUCAUCAAGAAUUGAAAGAUUUAAUACGAGUGAAAUCAAACAAUAUAACGCUUAUGAAAAAUGAAAUAGAAACCUUGAAAAAUAAAAUAGAGGGCACUAAAAAGCAAAUUAAAGCAGUAAAUGAAACUAUAAAAAAUAAGAAGAAGACAUCAGAUGACAGGAUAAAAAGUUUGUCUACAGAAAUUUCUAGAAUUAAAAAGUUAGUUUAUGAGGAGCAGAAACGUAAAAGUGACAGAGAAAUAGAAGGUAGCAAAUGUAUUGAAGAAGGGAGAGAAGACCUUUACAAAAUUUAUCGAAUUAUGCUACAAAAGAAACUGGAAAAUGAACAUCUUGGGACUGAGAGAGAAGAUUUAAAACAUGAAAUAGACUUUUUAAAAACCACUUGCGAGCAAUGCAAACAGAAAUGUCAGAAUAAAGACGAAGCUUUAUUAGGAGAAAUAGCCAAAGUUGAUGAAGAAAUCGCUGAUUUCAAAUUCCGAUGUGUACCAUGCCAUAAAUGUAUCGACACAUCGGAUGUAAGGAAAUUUUGUACAGAUUGCCCGCGAUGCGUCCAAGAAAAGUAUUGUCUCUUUGAUGAUGGGCAUUGCUUAGUAGAUGUUGCAAAUGAAUGUAUCUGUGAAAGCACGAAAGAAAAGUUCAUGAAAAAUGUUUUUAAAAAUAUGAACACCAUCUUAGAAAGUCAAACCCAGACUUCUACUGGAAAAGCUAUAGCCGAUAAAAUAUUGAGCUAUUUGAAGAGAAGUAGAAAUGGAAAAUUGAAUGAAGAGACAAGGAAAAUUUUACAAAACUUUGUAUUAACAACCAUAAAAAAUAAUUUAAAUUCUACUAUCAUUGGUGGCGCAAUGAAAACCAGAUGUGAGAUGGACCCGGACACUUACAAGCGAUUGAUGCUUUGUUUGCAAGGAAUCCAAAUAUCGCGACCACAUAAAGAAGAUAAAGAAACUGUUCCUAGAAAGGAGCCUUGUCGUCGCUGGGGCGAAACGAGUGAAUGUAAUUGUCCUAAAGGACCGAAAUGUUGUCCAUGUACUAAAAUGGCAUACACUAGUGAUUCCAAGACGUGCAAUGACACGCAACGUGCUCUGGGCGAAGUUACUCUAUGUCCUCGUGGUGUGUCAGUAUCUUGUGGCCCUGAUUGUGUCGUGCGCACCGAUCUGAAGUCAGAUUCUGAGAUGAAAAGCGGGAAACAGGCUCCUUGCAUUAAUAAAAAAUGCCCCUAUGUGAAGAAUACUACGGCAGUACAGUGUAUUUUAGAACAAAAUUAUCUAAAACAGCCUACGCAAGCAGCCAAUACUGAUGCGCCAUAUGCUUCCGAGAUCUUAAUGAUUUAUAAUCAAGCUGAAAAGAGAUCCACACUAAGAAAACAUGUAGUGAAUCACAAAGAUCUAUUCAAAGAAAAACACACCAGAAGAACUGAUAGAACGGCGUACAAGAAUGUCAAACAUAGAACAAGCCACAGAAUUUUAAAUGCCGCAUCCUUCGAGCAAUAAUCCUAUAGAUAACGGGUCAGCGCGUAAAAUCCGUCGCGGUAAAUAUAGCCUCACUUGAGGCGUGAGAUCUUAUUUUAAAUUAGUUCAUAAGUUUGAAUUCACAUUUUCCUUUUUUCACCUUCACCGUUUUUUUCCAAGUAUCAGAUAUCAGUUUAUAAGAGGAACAAGAGUUUUUUAAGAUAAAAGGUCGUAUGUGCGAAAUAACAUUUUGUUAUUUGUAACCUUAUUCCUUUGUGAGAUACUUGUUACUAGGUUCAACUUAAUAUGUUUUUAAACAUUUAUCUUUGUUCAUUGGGAAUCGAAUGUAGCUGCAUAAGUUUAAAUAUACGCGGACAGUUUUUAGUUUUGAUUUUUUAUGCAACCCGUUAUAUAUAGAAUUGUUUAUCGAAGGCCGCAUCAUUCAACAAAGGAGCUUUUAUCGUUACAUGACUGUAUUACACAUUAUGUAAUUAAUAAUAAUGUCGUAAAGUUAUUUCUAAGUAACAUGUCAAAUAAAUCGAACAACACCGCAAAUAUAUUCUUUUUCUAAUUUCUAUCCUGAUAAGCACUUAAAU